UGUAGACAAUGUCAAGCCCUAGCUAUGCUGGCUCGCUGCGACCCAAACGCAAGGGCGAACUCGUGGAGAUCGUCGAGGCGCUCGGAUUGGAUGCAGGGGAGCAUUCAAAGGCGGAAUUGGAACAGAUCAUCAGGGAGCAUAUCAAAUCGUCCACCGACGUCCAGACUUCGACGCAGUUCUCGGGUCUCUGGGACUCGAUGACCGAAUCUGGCUCUGCACGCUCUCGCCAGGGCAGGAAAUCAGAAGUGAGCUCCCCGCCAGAGUCGAAUGCUGCGGACAAAGUCUCAGCGGCGGUCAACGGCUACAUCUCUGACGCCGCGAAUGCACUCUCCGGAUCGUCGGUCGAGAAAGCAAUGGCGGACGCGAGCAGCACCGUGCAGCGUGUCGCAGGCAAAGUCGUCGAGUCAGGCUCGACUGAACUCGACAAAGCUUUGGCUACCAUCGACACAGAUACCCGUCAGGUUGCACGUUAUUACGAUCGCACUGCUGCUUCCAUCUCGGGCGUGGUCGCGAAAUACGCUGGCAAGGUUGGAGACGAUGCCGCCAAAUCCGCCGUACGCGUGCAGACUGGCUUGAGCAAUACUUGGAUCCUCAUUGUGCUCGGUGUGCUCAUCGAAGUCGCAUUCUUUGUCCUGAGCUCUGCGUCUUGGCACAAGAAGUAUUCUUUCGGAGGAUACAACUAUGCUUGGCUACCUCUGACACCCAACUUUAUGUUCAGUGUCACCUUGCCCGACAUUCUUGUGCUCUGGCAGUUCACCUUCAAACGAUUCUUUUCGCUCUGGGCACUCCUCACACUCGUUACGCCCUUGAUCGUGAGCAAAUUCAUCGUCUUCCCCUCGCCUCCAGAAUGGCUCGAUGAGGAUGGCAAUAUUAUUCCGAACGAUCGUCUCGAACGCGCUUCGCCCGUUACUUUCGCCGUCGUCAGGCUCGCGAUUGUCUACUACAUCAGCUAUAUUGCGCCACAAGCGCCUCUCGGAUGGAACUCGGACCUCAUCCAUCGAUUUGCUCAAGUACAAAUGCUCGUCUCCUCCGUCGUGGCCGCUCUGACAAUCUAUGGCGAUCUCGUCGAAGUCAGAGACGAAGUCGCUGCUGCCGAACUCGAGUAGACAUGCUCGCUCGCAUCAAGAUACCCCGCCGAGCGUCACAUCAGAAGGAAAACGUCGAUUUGCUACAACCACAAGAAGACAUUAAUCUGAUUCAAUACGUCCCAUGUUGUCUUUUUCUUUUCAAAGAAUGGAUCUCCCCCUGGUUAUGGCUCCGAAUGUGCAUCAUAUCGUGAGUUGUCGCAGCAAUGAAAUUGUCGUGCGAGGGUCGCCUUCGCUAGUAGCGAGCGAGGCUGCAUAUGGCUAUGCUGUUGAUGGGACAGGCACCGUCCAAGGCU